AACACUUGGUAUGAUCGCCGAUGGUGGUGAAGACAAAGUCCACGAUCAAGUGGCCGCAGCUUUAGUACUUCCUACUGCUGCUCCGUCGCAGGAGCACCAGCGGGGGCCAAAAAUGGAAGUGCACCAAGACCACGCCGUCGUCCGGCAGGUGACGUGGGUCGAGGAGGCCGGAACUACCUCUAGCACUGGCAGUGCAGGGUCGAUGAAAAAUGCUGGUCCAAGAAAAACAAACACUUUGCGACAUCAUGAUCCACCACCGGCAGUAGAAGUUGACGGCACGAACGGCGGAGGAAGUGGAACUACCUCGGCGAAACAAGGUGACAGUGAUAGUACACGACAAGCGGGAGCUGCUGGUGCACCAAGCACAGGAAAUCUUCCAGUGGAGGCGCCCCAGUUGUCACCAUCUCGGCCAGCAGGGGUCGUGAACUGCAAUACUACACAGGAAGUUGUACCGGAAGCUGCUGGUGCAUCGACUACAGAACCAGAUGUUACUUCAGCCGCGCAAGGUGACAGCGAUAGUACACGAGGACAUCAAGCGGAAGUUCUUCGAGCUGCUGGGGCUGCAGCAAGCACAGCAGAAGAUCCAGCGGCGGUGCCGCGGUCCUCGCAAACCCAAGCUCGUCCAGGCGGACGGACCCACCACGACACUUUCUUGGCCCGACAGUUGGAGCUCGAGCGGAUUCGAAGAGAGCAUUUACUUAUGGAUUGCAAAUAUGUCUGGGCGGUCUGGAAAUUUGUAAUGCUAAAAGUGAAUGAUAGACGUGACGCACUGCAAAACGCAGCUAUGCAUGACGAAUUUUUUGGCUGCCAUGAUGUGUUUCGGCAUGGCAAGCUGCGUUUUGCAUGACAGGUGGUAAGAGGGCCUUUUCGUCCCUAUGUAACGCAGAUUCUCGAGUCAUGCCAGACAAGCAUGACAAACUAGCAUUCUUCCAGACCCAGACAUAUUUGCAGAUGAUAUUACUCCAGGAACAGCAAUUGCUGCUCAAGGCCCAGAAAUUGCAGGGACAAGUCCAAGAGACGCAGGCAAUCCGUGCUGUAUGACAAUGCACAAUUCGAACUCCACCCCCUCCCCCUCAACUGUAUAGCAUAAACGGCAAUACAAGCAUCAGCAAGAAUGCCGUUUUUGCAUGACAAAUUUACACUGGAGUGUAAUACUGUUUGGGCUUCCGGAGUUUGUCAUGCCAACAGUGCCAACAAGCACAGCCUGGAUUUGCGUUUUUGCAUGACAAAUAAUGAGGGGGACGGGGAGUUGUGCACUCUCAUAUGCUGCGCAGGAAAUACACAAUCGGCAGCAGCAAUCGUUUCUGAACCAGCAACAAAGGGAGUACUGGAACCAGCUGUCGAUGCACCAGCAGGGAUAUCGAUUGUGAAAAUAUCUGGGUCUGGAAGGUUGGAACUGGUAUGUAAUGCUAGCUUUCCAUACCUAGAAAAUCUGUAUUCGCAUAACCAACAAAAGUCGCAGCCUCUUUUGUCAUGCAAAAACGCAGUUUCUCAUGCGGAUUGCCUAUGAGAAAGCGUUUUGGGAAGUUGUCAUGCCGGACUGCAUUCGGAAGUGUUUUCAUCAUGCACAUUUUAGCAUCACAAGUUUCCAGACCCAGACACUUUUGCACUUCAUAAGGGAAAGCUGUACGACGAACUACGCGCCCGCCGGGAAAUGACCGGGCAGGAAGCUGCAGAUGAUCCGUGCAGUUUGUGGUCGAUUAACAUCAAAGAGGAUAAUGGGGACUACUUGUCGCGGCCGAAGAACUUGCAGCCGCACCAACGCCCCGCAGCUGCUCGCUCCGUCCCAGGUCGUGGACCACAGCGGGGGCCACAAGGUGCAGGAAAAGCCACCAGAGGUGGGGGGCAAGAACAUCCUCACAAUAACGAAAAUCAUACGUGCGGCCGACAGCAAGUAGGUGGAGGUUUUAUUCCACCCAAGAUGGAUCACAGCACGCCGGACCAAGCAAUGCGGCCGCAAGAACUACAUGGGGUUGAUGUUCUUGCCGCAGGCGGUACUGCGGCCUCCAGCUCUUCUUCAUCAAUGGCGAGGACCACAAGUUUUGUUCUCGGGGGAACCACGUAUUAUCAGCACAAUGAACGACCCGUAGAAGUACCACCGGCCGUGGACCACUACAUCACUGACGCAACGUCCGGCGCCGCGGAAACUGAAACAACAACAUCAAACUUGUACGCACGUGGUACUAAUCGCGGGGGCAAACGUGGAAAUAAACAGCGUCGCCCAAAGAACAAGGGCGGAAGUAGUAGAGAACAUCAAACGCAGUCCCAUAUCCUGUGUAAAAACGUCCCCAUGCAGAUUUGCAAUGACAGGAACGCUUGUAAUGCGCUUCCCCAUGCCAGGCAUAUCCAAUCGUGUUUUGGCAUUUGUAAUGCUGCAAACAGGAUAAGCAGAUGGAUUUGUGAUGCGGACGUCCUUGUUAACAUGCACUACAAAGCGGACUGCAACUUGUCAUGCGUGGCUCCCAAAGCUUCUGCAUUUGUGUUGCUAAGUUCCCAACUUGACUAUGGGGUGGGGAUGUUUUUACAUAUGAUAUCCCAGUCGUGGCAACAACAAGCACAGCCUGCAGGUUCAUCAUCUCCACCGCAGCUUCGUGUGUAUUCCUCCACAAACGAAUACGUGGAAGUGGCCUCGAAAACUCCAUAUGCAAGAAAAAAACUGGGUAAGUGUAACUCUGUGUUGCAGAACAUGCAAGAGGAAGAGAGUUACCCCUGUCAUGCCAGACAGCCAUGAAGUCCUCUUUCCAUGUGUGUUUUCCCUUACAAGCCACGCAUUACAGCUUGUCUCUAUCAUGGAGAGGAAAUCUGUGGUGCUGUCAGCCAAAGAAGGUUACACUAAACACAGUUUUGUUUUUGGAUACUCCACUGCCGGGCACCAUUGCUCGGGCGAGAGAACUCAGGAUGGCACAGCAUUACGGGGGCUGCAGCAGCCCCGUAGUUGUAGACCACCACAGUGGGAGGUCCUCUCGUGAAAUGACUAGUACAGCGAGGGGUCGUGACGGCACUACUAGUACACAUGAGCGUAGAAGUAGUACUACUGGUGCAGCUCACAUUUCGACGCACGGGGACCACGAUGUUUUUGUGCAGGACGGCACGCCGGCGCUUCAAGAGCCGGCGAAGAUCUUCACGGCUAUCGAGCAGGCUUCAACAAGACCUUGCGAGCAUGAUCCUGAUGCGCACGCGGUCACGACAGGCAGAACUAGUGUCAGUUCGGCCAUGAUAGAAGUAGAGCAGAAGGUGGGUGCUGACCGCCCCGAAGGAUGUGCCCCUGUGCAACAAGCCCGUUGCGACCAUGUUGACCAAGUUCAAGCUUCUCCCGACGGGCAGAAAGAGGUCGCGGAGAUGAUAUUUGGGACUGGGGUGGAAGAUGCAGGCGAAAAACCAAAACGUUAUCAUGACCUGCAGCACGACGAUCAACAUUACAGCACAGUCUUAGCUAAGCACUUCGCGACGCUGCUUGUCGACAGUUUUUCGCUGAAGAAUAAAUGCAGCUCUAGAAGUGCAACUUGUUCUCCGAACGCCGAUGCUGGUGAACAAGAAAAAAACGCAGCAAGCUGCAGAAACGGCAAGAACGUUGGGCUUCUCGUUGAUGUUCCUUCUGUUUUCCCGAGUGCAGGAGCUUCGACCUCUUCCUCAUCCUCGUCUUCUUUUCUUUCUGCAGCAGCAGCUUCGCACGAGGUUUUUGAUAGUGCAUCAUCACAAUUAUCCCGAGCCGCGUGCAUUGACAAGGUUGCAGCGGUCUUACUGAAACACAUGCCGGAAGACGCCUGGAGAACUGUGCACCUCAGACCCGGCCGGUUUGAAGAGAUUUGGAAUCAACAUGCGCAGAUUGUUCUUCCUCGUCCCACUGAAGAACGAGAGGACGAGGAGAAGAUCAAGAUGCCGAGGCUUGUACCUCCAGAACUCGGAAAAAAUAAAGGGAUCAAAAGCGACCGCCACGACGUACUGGCGCUGAACACGCUGGUUUGCAAACUGGCCGAUGAAGGAACGCAACUUUUGAAGGAGGCGGUUGAAGGACAAGGAUGUGGAGCUGCAGGAGCCCCUAUCAAAUGCAAAAAUGUUUGGGUCUGGAAGAAUGCAAGUUUGUCAUGCUUGUCUGGCAUGACUCGAGAAUCUCCUGUGUUGCAUAGCCACGUAAAAAAGGCUCUCUUACCUGUCAUGCAAAAACGCAGCUUGCCAUGCGGAAUACGUAAUGUAUGAUGAGGUUGCCGAAAGCGCUUCCUCGCCCACCCCCCGGGGAGGGGAUCCUUGACCUGUGGCGCUGGGAGAGGGUGUCCACUACAUGAUGAUGAUGAUACGUAAUACAUCGCAGCCAAAAAAUUUGUCAUGUACCAUAGCUGCGUAUUGCAGUGCGUUUAUCAUUCACUUUUAGCAUUACAAGCUUCCAGACCCAGACACUUUUGCAUUUCAUAGCCCCUCCUGGCGUACAACAACCCGCGGGGGCCCCUAGACGACAACCGGAGGAUCGGCCUAGCAACAGCACAACAGCUGCGCCCCUUUCUUCAAGAAAAGUAGGCGAGGCUAAUAAAUUGAUGACGGAGCAGGUCCUACAGGAGCCACGACAGGAGCACACGGACAGAAACCACCAGGUCACGGCCGCGGAUCAUGGUUCUUUCUUGCAACGCGACGAAAAACAAGUGGACUGUGAUGAUUUUAUGCAAUGGGUGACGGAAGACGACGUGCCUGAGCACGUGAAGAGUAUGAUUGGAUACUGCUUUAAGUCUGCGGAGUUGAAGUCAAGGAGCACAUCUCGGACGACGCCUGGAGGUAAUAAAGCUGCUGGCGCGGAUGAGCAACAAAAUCUGUCGCAAGAUGAAGAUGAAGACCAUCAGCCUCAUCUGCAAGGUGAACAAACCACGACCUGUGGUCUUCUACUUCAGGACGACCUCCCCCUCCGCUGCCCAGAAAACCCGGUGCAAGAGUCCUGGCUCCGGUGCGCCUUAUCCUGUGCAAAAGUAUCGUACUCGUAUUGCAGUCAUGCACUACAAGUUUUUUUCUCAAGGUAAAUACGCAUUACAAAUUUUAUUUCUCAUGCUGAGGGAAUUUGCCAUGCAUUUAUACGAGUACGAUAGGACGACACUUUGCAGUUCAUACACCUGCGCUGCAAUUGACGGGUUGAUCGCCGCUGAAUUGGAGAGGCAUGUGGAAGUAUCAAGUGUAAAAAUGUCUGGGUCUGGAAAAAUGCAACUUGUCAUGCGAAAUCUGAAGCAUGCAAAAAUCUGUGUUGCAUGAUUACCAAAAGUCGUCCAGUUUUGACCAAUUCGGGAGGGAGUUUCUCAUGCAGGAUAGGCAUGAGAGAGAUCGCGCAGAAUCUGAAUCUGUCAUGCUAGGUCCUGCAUUCCAGACCUCAUGGGUCAUGGAAAAUCUGCAUGACAAAUCGCGCACUCUUCCAGACCCAGACACUUUUACACUUGAUAGGAAGAAAGUUGUCGGCGCGUCCGAACUGCCGAGGGGGGGUUCAGUUCCCCGAUCGAUGAGUUUAUCAAGGAGAACUACCCACGGGAUAGUAGUUGUAGUAGUACCAAAGAUCUCACUUCCCCGACGGCACGGCGAGAGCACGACGAUCCAGAAAAACUCGACCACCGAGAAAAUAAACAGAUGCUGCAGCCCUUGUGUCCGCGUCCACAAUUCGUCGUAGGCCUGACUGCUGAGCAGUUAUCCUUCUGCAAGAAACUGCAACAGCACCAUGCCGGGGCGUCGGAAGAGGACUGCAAAAGGAUCACCAGGUUUGUGGAGCAGCUUGAAAGCAUGACAGGAGCUAGCGGCCAUGCAGAGCAGGGGGCCCCCGGGGGCCGCUCCAACGGUUGUACAAUAAAUGAUCCAGCUGGUUUAUCUUCUGCCGAAGCAACAUCUUCCUGUUCGUGUUCUCCUACAGGACCAGAACCUCCGACGACGGCCAUGGAACUGCUUCCCAGCUGCAAAGAACAAGGGCGCCAGCAUCCUCAUGACCAGAGAUUUCAAGAGGCAAUGCAACGAGAGACGAAAGUUCUGGAAAGCUUAUUAUUCUCUUGCACCGCGAAGAAUUUCGUCAGCUCGCCGAGUUUGCAAGCUUUCGUCAAUAUAUCAACUGCAAAAAUGUCUGGGUCGGGAAAGACGGAACUUGUGACGCGCAUCUCACAGCACACAAAAAUCUCUCAUGCAUAGACAGCAAGAGCUGCCCAUUUUUGUCACCGAAAAACUAGGGGAUUUGUCAUGCGGGCCGAGGCAUCGUCUUCGUCGCAGCUUCUCAAAAAACCUGUAAUGCUAAACCUUGCUUGCCAGACCUUCCGUGUCAUGGAAAAACAGCGUGGCAAAAAUCUGCAUCCUUCCAGAACCAAACAUAUUUGCAUUUGAUACAAUAUCAUGGGCGAGCGUGCGGCGGUGAAGAGGGAGAAGAUUUUAGAAGCAGAAGAGAAGGAGCGACAGGAGAAUGGGCUGCUCGGGUUUCUGCAGAUUCGGUAUCCGAUUAUACAAGCGGAAAAUAUUAAAGUGCGGGAUGAUCAUGUAGUUGCCGAACAACAGGAGAAGGCAGGACAAGAUAAAGCCGUCUCGGAAAAAGCAGACCACGACGCCAAUGUGCCUGGUGGAGGCGCUGCACACGAAGACCACAGUAGAUUUUGCACGAGCGACCACUACAUUGCGCCCGGGACAUCUACUUCGCCGGAAGGAGGUGCAAGAAAUGUUGAACAGGCUGGUACUACCCUUGUUGCAUCGGUGUCGUGCAUGCAACAGCAACUACUUGCUUUGUGUGUGACAACGAGGACUUCUGCAGCUGCGGCUUCCAUCUCCGGAUCUUCUACUUCCCAGGGAGCGCAAAGCAACCUUCACCCAGAUCAUCUUCACCAGCAACAUCAGCAGCCGCCUCUGCUGCACCAGGUGGUGCAGCCAGUGCAGGAGCUUCUGCAGCAGCAACAAUACCACGGGCCCAUGGCGCAGUCCUGGCUGGAGUUUUACCGGCGGGGGUAUACCUGUCAGCAAAACGUGUGGGAACAGGCCAUGAAGUUAUUUGAACGGCGGCUGCAUUGUUUCAACGAAGAGCUGAAGCGCAUUCGGACGGAAAGGGUGCUGGAAGUAGAAAAAAACAACGCGGAGCUUUUGCGCGUGGCCUUUGCCAGCGGGGACCACGCGCGGAUCAGUGCGACUUUGGAACUAUGCACGCAGAUCAAGCGGGGAAUGCGGAUGAGUGCUGGUGAUUUGGUCGACAAAACAAGUAUGAAAUUUGUCGACUAA